AUGUAAACAGUAACCAUUUCGAAGCCAUUUUUUCUAUUCAAAAUUGUAGUGAAAUAUGUGCUUAUAAUUUGUAGUCAAUGAGUGAAAUAUUGAGAUGUGUCUUCAUUUGUUCUGCGGCUUUCUAUCGCUCUACAUCGGGUGCAUAUUCAUCGGCCUUACGGGGAUGCUUAUUGCCAUACUUACCUUUGCCAUUAGCUUGUUUCAGCUCAUCGAUGGCUAUAAAAACAUAAUAAUUGUAAUUUUUGCAAUGGUGUUUGCUUUCGUAUACGCCCUGUCAAAAAUGUUUCUGCUCUUUGGAACGAUGUGGGAUUUGUGUUGGGCCCUUCUCAUGUCCUUCCUUGUCGGUAUUUUGGGGUUGGGUCUUCUAAUAACCGUGGUGCUAUUCCUCUACAUAGAAACCGAAUCCGUACUGUUCAUCCUGGGAGGCGUUAUCCUGUGCAUAAUCGAGCUGUACUACGAGUGGAUCAUCAUAUCGACCUGGUGGUGCUGUCGAUCCUGCACACAUGACUGCUAGCAGUUGCAGUUGGUGUUCGUGGUCCCUGGAAUGCAACUCGAACAUGUUCGACCCUCCAAAGAUACCGAGAGAGAAUGUUGGGGCUCGAACGUCUUGGACGAGGUCUUGGGGUCUCGAUCGGUUGUAAUGCCGUGAUCAGUCGCGUUAAGAGCAACCGAGUACUGCCUAAGAGAAACGCGAGGCGAAGUGAGUUGGGGUCUUGGGACUUGGAGGCUCUUGCGGCAUGUCAGUUCCAAUUGAGACGCGCGCUGGAAAUGUCGUUCCUGGAGCGAUCGAGCUGCCACAGCGAGUGAGCGUGUGUUAGUGAACGUGUAUCGCCCCCUGUCCCCUUCGAAUGCAAAACCAAAACCAAAGCAAACCGAAAAAAAGGAAAAUCUAAAAUAAUAUCUGAAAAUACACAAGUGUAUCUGCAUGUGCAGCCGUGUCUGUGAGAA